CCAGCUGGUCCCUCAAGUCCUAUAAUACCAAGCACAACAUGCUUUACCUUCAAUGAAAGCUGAGACGGGGGGACGGUUGACUGCUGCCCUGAAAUCAGUUCAUUGCUCGGGUGCAAAACCAAAUGCGUCGCUUUUUUAGCAGCCUACUUCUGCCGCAUCUGUUGCACCUUCUCCAGCGCUCCAAUACUGUUAUAAUUGACUGACUUUAACAGCCCUGAGAGACAAUUUGGAUAACGCUCUCAUUUUCCCACCUCCCUCUCGCUGUGCCUGGUGUCAAAGGUGAUGGUAUCAUUUUCUAAGUGAGGACUCCUCAGGUGAUGGUAUGUUUUUCCGGAGGUAGAGACCACAUUUGGAAACGUGCUAGACUUUCCACAAAUAGUUAUUUGUUCUGCUUCUACCUUCACUUUGGCUCGAGCAUGGCUCUUUACUCUCGGUUCGUGGUCGUGCUGCUCUACGGAUGGAGUUAUCUGUGCGUUGGAUACUGCGCGAUGCUGAAAACAGACAGUUUCCCAGACAAGCGAAAGGUGGAUUUUACGCAUUCAGAGGAUAAAAAGCACCCUGCGAAAGACGACCAGGAUCUGCUUUUACAGGAUACAAUGACGGAACACAUGCAGAUGCUUUACGCGAAGUACAACCGGGCUGGAUUUCCCUUCAAGGACGGCAACACUGUCCGCAGUUUCAAAGCGCAAUGGGGUACGAUAAACAACAAGCAGCUGCAGAUCUUCAACCUCACCGCCCUCACCAAAUCGGAAGACGUUUUGUCUGCCACUCUUCAUUACUACAUCGGAGACCUUCAGAACAGAACCCAAGGCUGCUCCAGGUCCAAAAGCUGUGGUCGCCAUGGCCCCCGGAGGCACAACCACAUCCACAUGGUCAUAUGGAGCUUUGCCUCGGUGGAUAACGAGAUAAGGACUCUUGGACACUUCCGGAUCAACGUGUCCACCCUCUACAGGGACUUCAUAUCCUGGCAGUGGAAGGACAUAACUCGCGUGGUCAACCAGGCCAAACACCACGACGAGCUGCUCAUAGGGAUCGAUGUGACUUCACAGGGGCCCCAGCAGUGGAAGAAGCUCCUGUCUGACCGCUCGCCCUACAUCUUGGUUUACGCCAAUGACUCUGCCAUUUCAGAACCUGAAAGUGUGGUAGCCACCCUCCAGAGACACCACUCGGUGGGAGGAGAGGGCUCUAUUUCCCAAUUGGGACUGCGUGAGCGAAACAACACUGAACUAGAACAACCGCAGGCCAGAAACAAGCGCUCAGUGAAUGUUCUGCUCCCGUUGCAGAACAAUGAACUCCCCGGGCCCGAGUAUCCGUACGAGACGACCGGGUGGGACGAGACGAGUCCGUACGAAACUUUUGAAAACAAGCAGGCCCGUCGCCCACGUAAAAAGACACGCAAGAAUCAGCGGCACAAGAUGCCUCUGCUUCAGUUCGACGAGCAGACGAUUAAAAAGGCUCGAAAGAAGCAGUGGAACGAGCCUAGGAACUGUGCUCGGAGAUACCUGAAAGUGGACUUUGCUGACAUUGGAUGGAGUGAAUGGAUUAUAUCACCAAAGUCGUUUGAUGCCUACUACUGCUCAGGGUCUUGCCAGUUCCCCAUGCCAAAGGCUCUGAAGCCCUCCAACCAUGCCACCAUCCAGAGCAUAGUGCGGGCGGUGGGCGUCGUCCCCGGCAUCCCCGAGCCAUGCUGUGUCCCAGAGAAGAUGUCUUCUCUCAGCAUCCUCUUCUUCGAUGAAGACAAGAAUGUGGUGCUGAAAGUAUACCCCAACAUGACUGUAGAUUCUUGUGCCUGUAGAUAGUUUAUUCCCCCCCCCCCUUAAAUGCCUGUUCAUAAAAAAACUCAGCAAAGAAAAAAAGUGCAGCCAAAACGACACUCUCUCCUUCUGUUCCCUCAGUCUUACUUUCCUUCACUUCCAAACCCACCAUUGAACCCAACUUCCGUUUUGCACUGGAGGAGAGUCGCGCCUGUUGUUCCAGGUGAAGAGGAGACUGUUCAUGGGAAGGAAUGGAUCCUGUGAGUUGUCCUCGUGGCAGAUAACUGGAAUGGAAAGUCAAAUCUCCAUGCUCCCAUUUCACCACUUUAUGUCUUUACCAUCGCUGCUCAACUAUCCGUCAGGCGAUGAAUGAAUCACAAACUCAGUAUCAAGCUAUGCAAAUGGUGAUCGAGGCAUAAUAGAGGCAAGAACUGAAGGAAAAGUCUCUUUUCAGUUCAAACUGAUGCCUCUGUUGUGGAUCAUUCUCAUCUUUCUCUCCUUUACAGCUUGAAGUUGUCAUUACCACCAAGUCUAUGCUCGCACUUGCAUGGUUUUUGUUACUAUUUGUAUCUAUUUAUGUCUGUACUAUCACUGUGUUAUUCACUAUAUGAGAAGUUAUUGUAUAAUUAUUGGCUUGGCUGCUAUAGAGAGAUAUAUUAGAUUCCAAAGCCAAAAUUGUGAUGUAGACGGUACAGUAGAUAGCCGUACAUAUUUGUGUUUAGCUCCGUUGUUGUACAGAACCCACAUUUUUAAGAGUUUAUUAUAUUCGGAAGUGUAAGCUACUUUUCAUUCGUGGUCUUCGUUAACAGUUGGAAUUGCAAAUCAUUUUCAAAAAUAUAAAGGGAUACAGCAUAUCAAAAGGAUAAACAUUGAACAUGGGAUGUCAUCGUGUGUUUUUCACAAGUGUGAAACCACAGGACUCAAUGCUCAGAAAGAAGAGUUGUAAAAUCUUGGCAGACAUAAGGGAUUAAUAAAAACAGGUACAUUUGAGUCUUAACCUAUUUGUUGUUGGUAUUCAGUUUAGAACAAUAUGCCUUUGCAUUAUUUUUUAAAAGUAUUUACAGAGUAGGAUAACAUUUAUGAAAAAAACGUUCAUAAACUGCCAGAAACUACGUUGGCUGACCCAUGCACGCGCGCUACAACGGCCCUAUACACUUACACUAUUAGAAAACGCGCUGCACUAACUAAAAAACAAAAAAAUCACAAAUAUGCCAAAAGACGUGCAAAUUAAGAAAAAUCUUCACCAACUCUACAACACUUGCCCAGCGUUAAGAAAACAUUUGCCAACUUGAUGUGUUAUCAGCACGGUUUACUCAAAAUAACUGCAUAAACGACAUGCUGUAAAUACAAAAUGCUGGAAGAAGCUCAACACACAACGUAAACCAGGGGGCAGUAACAAGUGAUGCACGCAGCUGGGACUCAAGCGCUUGUUGACGGUCGGGGAUUCUAAAGUUGGCCAACUGUCAAUGUCAAUGACUAGGUUAGCUACGUUAGCUAGCUAGCUUACAGCAGAUGCGAAAUAAUAUCGGAAGGAAUCGCACAUUGUUAAAAAAAGGCAAUCAAACUUAUAUUUUAGGUAAGCCUCCAGUGACACUGACAGUUGGCCAACUUCAUAAUCGCCGAAAGUCAACAAGCGCUCCGAGUGUUUGUGUUUUUUUUAUAUGCAUAAUAUUUUGAUCUUUCAGUGCAUUUCUCCUAAUGGAAGUGUUUUGGGCUGUUAGAACGCAUUU